UAGGGAGCUCUGUUGUUGAGCGAGAAGACGUACCAGCCCAUUUGGUGAAAGACAUACGUAACUAUUUUCAAGUGAGCCCUGAAUACUUCUCCAUGCUUCUAGUUGGAAAAGAUGGAAAUGUAAAAUCCUGGUAUCCUUCCCCAAUGUGGUCCAUGGUGAUCGUGUAUGAUUUAAUUGAUUCGAUGCAACUCCGGAGACAGGAAAUGGCCAUUCAGCAGUCACUGGGGAUGCGCUGCCCAGAAGAUGAGUAUGCAGGCUAUGGUUACCAUAGUUACCACCAAGGAUACCAGGAUGGUUACCAGGACGACUACCGUCACCAUGAGAGUUACCACCAUGGAUACCCUUAUUGAACAGAAAUAUGUAACCUUAACUCCAGUCAGUUUCCCCUUCAUCUGUUAAAGCCACAUGUGGCCAGCUACAUAAAGGAGUUCUGCCUACAUUCCACACUGCCCACUACAUUCUCUUCCUUUUUCUUUCUGUGUUCUUCCAAGAUUAAAUAAUAGCAAACCUUGGCCUA